GCGGUGCGGUCGCUUCUUUUGUACUCUUGCUCCCAGACUCCCAGAGAGCGUUAGAAGUCAAAAUGGCGGAUCCAGGCGAUCGGAUUACUUCGGCUUGUGAUUUUGUUGACCUUUAAGAUUUGGUGCUCGUCGAGAACCCUUGGAUACCUCCGGAGCCGCCAUGAAGCUCCAGCUUGGGAUAACAAACAGCCAUGCGGACCAUCGAGAGCUUUUCACCGGUGGGGGGUCAUCAUACUUCUAGCCUGAGUGGCACCGGGGCAGACCAUGGUCUCAAAAGGAGGUGACAUCACCUGGACAAAUCAAGAACAGCCCAACAGCAAGAGCGAAGCCCCCGGAGACAAGACAUGGCACGGACUGAGGACGGUCGUACUGGAAAAGGGCCCCGGCGGGUUCGGCUUCACCCUGCGCCACUUUGUGGUCUAUCCGCCAGAUACUGUCAAUGCGGCGCGACUGGCAGGGAAGCACCCGACAGUAGUAGACCCGACGUGGGACCAGCACAAGCAGGAGGCCAUGGACACCAUUUUUGUGAGGGAGGUGCGUCCCGGGAGCGCUGCCGACCGGGCAGGCCUGGUCACUGGCGACCGCAUAGUCUCCAUCAACGGUCAGCCCGUGACGGGACGCUCGUACGGCCAGGUCAUUGAGCUCAUACACAAAUGUGGCCCCUCACUACAGCUGCUGGUCGUGCCGAAGGAAGACGAUAUUCUGCAAUUGUAUUUCGCCAGCUCGGCCUACCAGCCCGUGCGGCGCCUGCCACAGCCCCUCUGGUCGGCGGAGACCACCCGCGCCGAGACGUCUCCCCUCCGCACUACCCUCGCCAACACGUCCGCGCUCUCCCGCUGCGGUGCCUCUGAACCCACCUCCCCCGUGCAUUGCCUGGCUGGCACACACUUCCGCCCGGUCAACCCGGCACGCCGCCUCUUCUUUGGCCUUGACCCCGAACCCGCAACAACGGCGACGACGACCGCGCCGACGAUAGAGGGCACCGCAUUUGGUCUCACAUCCCAGCCGAUGUCGCUGAGCUACCCGUCGUACGGCGCCAACAAUGCCAGCACAAACGCGAGCAGCAACGACCCGCGUCGCGGCGCGGCGGGCAUCAAAAUGCCGCCGAGCACAAGCGUGCCCACAUGCCUCGGCGGGCAGACGCGGUUUGCACCGAGGUCAGAUGACGGUUGGCACGGGCAGACGGACAGCGGCAUUGGCAGCGUGGAGGAAGGCGAGCCCAAGCAGACGGUGGCGGCGACGACGACAGCGACGACAAUGUCGACGGCAGUCCAGCAUCAUCAGACGGCACUGCCGGAGCAGUCGUCCCUCAACCUCGUGGCGCAGCGGCUCCAUCUCUUCGAGUCCGGCGGACUGCUGGCGCGCUCGCUGGAGCGGAUGAAGCUGUACCGGAGUGAGCUGGCACGGCUCACAUCGGGGUGCCCCGUGCCGAUUGUGUCGGUGCGCGCGGCGCGGUUCGAGGAGAUGGACGGGGAAGGGCGCAAGGAAACUGCCUCGGAAACGUCUUCCCUGUCGGUGGGCGGGGCCUACGACCGGCUGCUGCCCCUGUCCUCGCCGACAUCGCGGGUGCCCUCGUUCGAUCGGUCGCCCGACAGUCCGCUGCGGGAAGAGCGACCCUUUGCGUCGCUGCCAGACCAAAGCACGCUCUCAGAGUAUGCGGACGGAGCAGAGGACGUCGGACUGGAAGAGGGCGGAGCCUACCAGACGGAUGGUUAUAUCUCAGUGACGUCUGAUGAUGCCUCAGCAGUUGUGUAUAGGAGAAAAAAUGGUUCGAAAGAGGACAAGGCCCAUCCCGCCCGACGAACUUCCUACCUACGAGCGACCGCCAACGAACGGCUGCACCUCGAGUCUGAUCACAGCGAGGAUGAGCAGCACUCCAUUUCCAGCACAUCAUCAACUCCAAGUGGAUCUCAUCGAAUUCAAAAGCUAAAGGCAUUCUUUGGAGAUAAGGCAUCAAGCGCGCCGUCCCAAGCCAGCGAAGUCAAAAACGGGACAACGGAAGACCCGGAAAUCACGGGCGACGUCCAGGGCUGGCUAGCCUGCAAGACGGUCCUUGUGGAUGGCAAGAGGUCAAGCGACCGGUCUUGGAGGCCCGUCUGGCUGGUGCUGAGAGGAGACAAGGUUUACAUCUUAAAAGACCGGAAGACGAUAGACUUUGGGGAAGGGUCGCACCUGUCCCUGCGGACGUCCAUGAGCGACGUGGCCCGGGACUACACCAAGCGCAAGCACGUGUUUCGGCUGCGCAUGGAGUCUGGCACGGAGUACCUCUUCCAGGCGGACAACCACUCCAACAUGAUCCAGUGGGUGGAGGCGCUCCGCCAGAUCACCAACGAGGACUCCGAGGUGGAGGACAUCCUGAGCGACCGCAGCGUCCUGGAGAAGGCGGCGGCCUUUGAGCAGGGCUCCUCGGCCGGCCAGGGGCGCCUGUCGCCCAUGCCCGUGGUGCGGCCGGUCAAGAAGCUGGCAUUCAGGCACAGGUCCCCCAACAGCGGGUCGCCCAGGGUCAAGUCCCGGAGGGCCUCCCUCGGAGACGAGCCCUCCUUGAAGGCGGUGCACAUGUGGCGGGGCAAGGUGGUGCACAGCUGGAAGAGGCUGCACGGCUCCCUGGCAUCCCUGCCACCCAAGGGACACAGCAUCGGGGUUCCCCUGCACGAGUGCCCUCCUUCCCUGGACAACCAGUACGUGCCCUGGCUGGUGUCCCUGUGCACGCGGGUGGUGGAGGCCAAGGGCCUGGAGACGGUGGGCGUGUACCGGAUCCCGGGCAACAGCGCGGCGGUAGCGGCCCUCUCGGCGGCAGCCAACGGGGGACUUGACCAGCUGGACCUGGGGGACCCCCGCUGGGGGGACGUACAUGUGGUCUCCAGCCUGCUCAAGGCCUUCUUCCGCCAGCUGCCGGACCCCCUGGCCGGCAGGUACGCCCGCUUCAUCGCCGCCGCCAGGGGCACCCAGGGGGCCCAGCGGCUGGCCGCCCUCAGGGCACUGGUUCACGAACUGCCGAUCCACAACUUUGAAACACUCAAGUUCCUAAUGCAGCAUCUCAAGAAGGUGGUGGCUCACAGCACGACAAACAAGAUGGAGGCCCGCAACCUGGCAAUCGUGUUUGGACCCACGCUUGUCCGGACGGCAGACAACAGCAUGCUCACCAUGAUCACCGACAUGUCCCACCAGUGCCAUAUCACAGAGGCCCUCAUCAACUAUGCAGACUACGUGUUUGGCGAUUUGGAAGGAGAGGACGGCCUGUCUUCGGUGCCGGAACUGCCCCUGGACGUGGUGGCCCUUCCCCUCUCGGACACGGACUCCUCGGUGCUCAUUGACAAUCUGCACAAGGUUGGCACCGGCGGACAGGGGUCCGGCCAGGAGGUGUGCACGCGAGACCUGGUGUCCUCGCUGGUGAGCGCGGCCAACCGCAAGCUGCGCCAGCGCAAGAUGUCCCUGACGACGGAGGGGGCGGUGCUCAAACCGGGCUCGCGGGUCAAGGACAAGAUCAUGGCCUUCGAGGGCAAGGGAGGUGAGGAGGGGCCCAAGGCGGCGAGCCCGACGGGCAACGGCAGCGUGCUGGUCGCCAUGGCGCUGCCCGAGGGGGCCACCAGCUGCAGCUACCCGCCGUCGCCCACCCGAACCCUGGGCUCUCCUCCCCAAACACCCUCCGUCUGCUCCGAGGACCUGACGGUGUCAUCCUUGGCGAGCGGUAGCGCCUCCCCGCGCACCUACGGACAGCUUAGCGCCCUGGCCCAGCAGAAGGUGCGGUUCCUGGAGGCGGAGACGCGUGCCCAGCUGCGGGCCUCGCAGCGCAGUUGGCCGCCCCCCCAAGGCUGCCCCAGCGGCCAGGAGGGGGCCCACAAGCGGGAGCAGAUCGAGCGCGACUGGCAGCGGGCCAAGCAAGAGCUUGAGCAGGACGACCUGCUCGACUUCCUCGCUGACGACCCCUCCGCCUUCCUGCUCUCGCACCUCGGACAGCAGGGGACGCUGCCCAUGCUGCCCCCUGCGCCCGCCGGCCUCCCAGCCAACCCAACGCCGGGAUCGACGUCCUCGCCCGCCGACAAUGCCAGUGAGGCGUUUGCGGCGUCCCCGCGGAGAGGCGACACCCCGCCACCAUGCGCAGCGGCGACCUCCGAAAACCCACCAAAGGCGCCGUCGCGCGCCACGACCUCCCGCCAUGAGAAGGAGAACAUCCCGCAGGCUGGUCCGGCGUCACCCUGCGAACCGGCCCCGGUCACGUACCGCUGCAAGAAGCACUGUCUCAAUGGGGCGUCGCGUUACGCCAUCUACCGAGUGGACGACGACGCGGAAGUACUGCGUCAGCAGCAGCGACGCUCGGAGAACGGAGUGGUCGCUGCCGUGCUCAGCGGCGACGGAGUGGUGCUGGCGGCGGCCACAACGACGACAACGCGGCGGCGCCCGCUUUCCUCGAUGGGGCUCCAACGUCGGCACACCAUCGGCAGUUCGCGGGACGUCAAGUUCCACCCGUUCCCAACGCCGACGUCGUCGUCGUUUCGGAGGGUGCCGAGCGGGCAGCGGUUGGACGAGGGCGAGGCCUGGAAGAGGCUGGGCGGGGCGCGGGUGGCAUCGCCCGUGUGACGGCGGUCCGAGUGUGUGCGUGCGUGCGUGCGUGUGUGUUUGUGCGACCGGUGUGAGCCGACGUGCGUAUGCUGCCGGUUUUUCUUUCUUUUUUUUUUUUUGGCUCCUGGUCUCGCUUCUUUUCUGCUUCUCUCCGACUGGUGUGAACUGCCCGUCUUUUUUUUCUUAGGUGUGUCCGAGGGUUCUGAGGUUUGUCGUCGGUUCGAUGGGGAAGGGUCUUCCCGGUGUGUCUCUUGGGUGCGGCAGUUUGGAAGCUGCUGCGGCGCCGAGCCCCCUUUUAGCUCUUUACUUUGGAAAAUUUUAGCCACUCGCGGCCUUGGAGACAGGGCGUCGAAGAAGGAGAGCGUUGUUUUCACGCGCGCCGAGUUUAGUCUUGUCGGUCGCAUCUGCGUUACGAAGAGAACGAACUGGCUGCUUGCGCUGGCUCUGGCAUGCUCCAAGUUCCUUCUUAUUUGUUUGCAUUUUGUUGUUAGCGGCGCUCUUUCAUCUUUGCGGAGGAAUUUAAAAUUCUACUUUGAACUCUUUUCACAUUCUUCGCAUACAUUUCUCAUUCUGGGCUUUGGUGGCUGCCGCCCAUCACGUUUGCGCAGGAUCUCCAAGUAGGAAGAUCCCAUUCCUUAGAUCUGAGUGAUAUCGGUGUGGCCUACCAUUAGCUGGCAGUCUCCCAUCCGCUUCGGGUGCUCUUUCUUUUGUUUGUCACAUACAUAAGGGAGGACAGGUUUCUUUCUGUGGUGGCCAAACAUCCAGCAUUGGCUGUAGUCAUUGCGUCUUAAGACGGGCGGCUUUGUAAGAAUUGGAUCGCAGACGUGCAAACAGUUGGCCCCACUGCGGUCUGACAGCCCAAUGUGGAUUGAUCUCACUUCUCGUCCUGUCGCUUUUGUAGUGAGCAAAGUCUGGAUCUUAUUGCUGGAUCUCCCUCUGCGGUGCGACGUCUUUCCUGGCGUCGUUUCGGCCAGCGGCGUGGUGCACCUCGGAACCUUUGUGCUCGUUGCAAGGGCUCGUGUUCGGCGUGCACGGUGGCACGGUCGCACCACUCUCGACGGUGUGCCGUUUGGUCGUCGACGUCGCCAGGUGGGUGUCUCGUGCACAAAUGCCUCACCUUCCUCUUUCGAUCGAUUUGGGCUUCUUCCUUCUUUUUUUAGUCUCAUUACACAUAGUCUCUUUCACUGUAAAUGUUAAAUUGUGCGAGUGUAAUGAGGGAGGUCCCUUCUUUUUUUUGUCUUGGAAUGGCCCAGAAUCGUCGAGCGAGCGUCCUUCGUUAAUACCCUUUCCUGUUCUCUAUUUGGGUCUACCUGAGGUGGCUUUUUUGAAUUGAUCUCGAGAGAGACUGGCAGAGUUGUAAAGAUGUCUUUUUGUUUCUAUAUUGCAUACCUUGGAAGUCUAAAGUAAUAUAUGUUUGUGCUAUCCAAAGAAGUUACUCUAACAGAAGGGAAGAUGGGUGUCUUAGGCUAUUUAUUACGUUUAGUAAAGUCGAAACGUCUGCGAGCCUUGUAGCGAGCGUAUUACGGAGGUCGUACGAAGGGGUGAGCGUUUUUUUUAUUCUCUUGCAUGCAUCUUGGCUAGUUUCUGUUGACGUGCCAGAGCUGAGCGACGAAUUCGCGCGAAGGAGUUGGUUGUGCGAAGGGUGGCUAUGUUUCUCGCGACGUGUGUGUGUUGCUUGUGUCUUCGGGACCGUACGACUGUUUGGCUCGUCCACGAAGAAAGCCUCGCUGCGAUCUCUGCCCUGCACUCGCAUCGGGUGCUCGGCCGCGCCGGCGUCGAGAAAGCGGCACAAGUGUAGUCAAUCACAUCUCGAAAUAGUCUUCAAAGUAUUUUCUCCCAGCGUCGCAGAUGCUCGUGAACAUGCCAGACGGCGGAGUGGAGGGGAGAGGCUCUCCCAAAGAACUGCAUGCCACAUUCCAGUUUUACAAGGACACUGCUCCCUCCCGGCAUAUCUUUUCCGGGCCUCCGCAAGAAGGAAAGAAAAGGCAAUAGACGGCGGCUUCAGCGGCAGCCCGGGCCGACGUGGAACGCGUUUGUGUCGACCCACCUCGAUUCUUUCCCUCUGUGGCCAGUGCUUCGACACAGACACGCGCACACACACUUCAAAGUAUGCUGCAGGCGCCGCUACUCUUCUCGUCUUGUGAUGGACCGUUUUUGUUUAAGUUUUUAAAGUUUACGAAAGCCGAGUGGUUUUUAUGUACACAGUAUUUAUUUGUGUCCUAGUUUUCUUCUGUCUUGUUUGGCCUGUACUGUCCCUUUACUCGUCAAUCCUUCACCUGUCUUGCUAAUUUCACGUUGCUUGUGCAGUCCACCCUGUCAUCCCACCCUUUAACUUGGCCCGUCCCGCUUCUCACCCCCGAAGCCGCCCUUCCUGUCCCUUCGCUUGUCCAUACCCGCCCCACCCCACUGGUCCUGUCCCACCCUGCUCCCAUCCCGGUUUCCUCGAGGGCCUGAGUUCCCACAUUUCUGCGUUGGCAUUCUGUUUCUUUUGCUACACGUAAGAGUCUGUAGUAAGCGGCGUGGCCUCGUGGGCCGAGGCAGCGAGUGUGAGCAGUCGUCCACUCUGCGGUGUUUGCAGACGACGUCCAGUGUCUCUUUGAGUUGUAGUACUACAGGGUGUACCAAGUCCAAACUUAGAUGCUUGUCCAGCGGAGGCCGAUCCGUCGCACGUCGAAGGUGAAAAUAGCCUAGUGUGAUACCGCAUUUUGUUGUCCUUCUGAAUGCGGCCAGGAAUCUUCAUUUUGUGCGCGUGUGCAUGGGUGUCGCAAUAGCUCGGGUGUGCUGCUGCUUGGCAUGGAGCGCUACAUUGUUUUUCUCAUCGAAUGGGUGAGUUUCAUUGAGAGUGAGAGAUCCCUAUAGAAAGUGACUGCCUGUGGUAGUCUGUGCAUUCUUAUCUGCACUGUACAAAUGCAACCCUCAAACUUUUUUUUUUUAUGCUUUUUGGAAGCAUUGGUGAGACAUUGACUGUCGAGUGCGAAAUGGGCAGUUCAUUUGAGGACUUGAACCGGCAGAAAGAGAACCAACCUGUACAUGCCUUCAUCAUCACCCCUACAUGGAACGCUGCAGAAUCAUGAAUCGAUCACAAACCCAGAGGUAGAACAACUUACGCGCAUGCAUUGGAGGACUGAAUACAAUUCAAAAGUGACAUAUCUGGUAGAGGCAUCUAUCAUUUUUUCACAGUGGCCAUAGGUAGAAGACAUCAGUAGCAGCGAGAACACAUUCAUGGCCUAUAUGCCGGCAGCAGGCAUAAAACACCCAACUCAUCCUUAACAAUUGAUUGGCUGGCGAUGUAAUGAUGGAUAUGUUGCUAGCUGUCCUUCAGUACAGUUUGCAUCAAGGAUGAUGUUUGUCUGAAUGGUACUUCACAGGUUGCAUUUUAAGAUGCUUGUGGCCUGCCUGGAUGUCCUGCUUUGGAACAUGCUUGAUCUUUGCUUCAUGUUUUUUUUUUCUGUGUUGAGAAAGAAAAAGUUUUCUGCAGAACUUCAUGGAGUUGGCCUCAAUGCUGUUGGCAUUCAUUCAUUCAUUGACCACCCGUGCUCCUAGAGGCAGCGCACUCAUUUGCUCUUGUCCAAGGCUUUGGGUCGCAGUACGACAGGAAGUCCACACGCCUAAAUGCAGUGGUCCGCAGUAGUCCAGGCUGCUACCUGCGCCCCAAGAAUUAACUUACGAGACAGUUUUAAAGUGUACUGCUACAAAGUCAUGCCAGUUUCGUCAGCAACUCAAAUUUUGCAUCAUGUAGAUUUAUGUAUUUUAUGUACAAAUGUGUAAAGUGAUUCAACUGCAAGGAAUAAAUUAUUGACAUUGACAA